AUGUCGCAACCCUCGGCUCUUCUUGCCGAAGCCAGAGAGUACGCCACGGCCAAAAACUACGAAGCUGCUGAACAGAAAUACAAAGAGCUUAUCUCGAGCGACAGCGAGACAGAGUCACUCACCAAAAAAUUACAAGAGCAAGAAGCUGCCAUCAUCGAAUUGGGUAAGGUUUACGAGACCAACCACGACGCCACGAAGUUGACGGAAUUGAUCGCCGAAUCAAGAAAUGUGUUGGGCAAAUUUGCCAAAUCGAAAGUGGCCAAAAUUGUCAAGUCAUUGAUUGAAGAUUUUGAUACGAUUCCUGACUCCUUGGACUUGCAGAUUUCUGCCAGCAGAGAAUGUAUCGAUUGGGCAGUAGAGAGCAAGCUUUCCUUUUUAAGACAAUCGUUGCAGUUGAAGUUGGCGGAGUUGCUCUACAAGAAAACUUUGUAUCAGGAAGCUAUCAAAUAUAUCAAUGACUUGUUGAGAGAGUGCAAGAAGUUGGACGAUAAGUCGCUGAUGGUAGAAGUUCAGUUGUUGGAAUCCAAGAUUUACCAUGCAUUGCGCAACAUUCCCAAGUCGCGUGCAGCUUUGACUGGCGCUAGGACGUCGGCAAACUCAAUCUAUUGUCCAACAUUGUUGCAGGCUGAAUUGGACUGCCAGAGCGGUAUUUUGAAUGCCGAGGACAAGGACUACAAGACUGCGUUCUCGUACUUUUACGAGUCGUUUGAAGGGUUCAAUUCGCAAGACGACGAGCGUUCUAUCGUAGUUUUGAAGUACAUGUUGCUAACCAAGAUCAUGUUGAACUUGAUUGAUGAUGUCAACAAAAUCUUGAACAACAAGAAUGUCAUCAAGUACCAGUCCAAAGAUAUUGAUGCAGUGAAGUCAAUUGCGACUGCGUACUCCAACAGAUCUUUGAAGGAGUUCGAGAGCUCCUUGUUGACAUACUCGUCAGAAUUGAAGUCUGAUCCUAUCAUCAAAAACCACUUCAACGCCUUGUAUGACAACUUGCUCGAACAAAACUUGUUGAAGAUCAUAGAAUCUUAUAGUUGUGUAGAAUUGUCGCAUAUUUCCAAGACUAUUGGCUUGAAUUUGCAACAGGUAGAAGGCAAAUUGUCUCAGAUGAUCUUGGACAAAGUAUUCUAUGGGGUUUUGGACCAAGGAAAUGGCUGGUUGAUCUUGUAUGAUGAACCUAGAAGAGACGCUGCAUACGAUGCUUCGUUGGAUCUUAUCAAGAACUUGUCCAAUGUAGUUGAAUUACUUUAUGAGAAGGCAUCAUCAUUGAAUUAGAUAAAUGCGAAUGAAAUGGCAAUAGUACAAAGAAUUGUAAGAGGUGAUUUAAGAAUAAAAAGUGGAUUACCUCCACAGUCUAUAUUUAUAGUACAUAUGUAUAGUGAAAUAUUCAUCUAAUAGAACAAUCAGAUUUG